CGUUACAGCGACGGAAGCAGACGGAUGUGGUUUAUUAGGGCUCCGUAGUCGGCACCCACGCUCCUCUUCCGAAUCGAUCCAUGGCUGACGGUGGAGAACGAAGCGGGAUGAGAGCAAUUAAGGGGGAAGAGGAAUAGGGAGAGCGAGAUCGCCUUCAAUCCCUCCUUCGACCCUCCUCAUCCCGAUCGAGCGAAGAGGUGCGCUGGAAUCACGAGGAUGCCCAUGGACAAGGCCGUGCUCGACAGCAUAAUAAGGCGGCUUCUGCUAGCCAAGGGGACGAAGGCGGCGAAGAACGCGCAGGUGACGGAUGCGGAGAUCCGGCAGCUCUGCAUCACAUCCAAGGAAAUUUUCCUCAGCCAGCCCAUUCUGCUAGAGUUGGAGGCCCCAAUCAAGAUCUGCGGAGAUAUUCAUGGUCAGUAUACUGAUCUUCUUCGACUUUUUGAAUAUGGUGGGUACCCACCACAGGCAAAUUACUUGUUCCUUGGGGACUAUGUUGAUCGUGGUAAGCAAAGCAUAGAAAGUAUAUGUCUGCUGCUCGCAUACAAGAUUAGGUACCCAGAGAACUUCUUCCUCCUUAGGGGUAACCAUGAAUGUGCUUCCAUCAACCGGAUAUAUGGUUUUUAUGAUGAGUGCAAAAGGAGAUACAAUGUUCGACUGUGGAAAGUGUUCACAGAUUGUUUUAACUGUCUCCCAGUUGCUGCACUUAUUGAUGAGAAAAUAAUUUGCAUGCAUGGGGGCCUGUCUCCUGAACUAAAGAACUUGGAUCAGAUUAGAAAUAUUGCUCGUCCUGUGGAUGUUCCAGACCAAGGGCUGCUUUGUGAUUUGCUUUGGUCAGACCCGGAUAAAGAUAUUGAAGGCUGGGGAGAAAAUGAUAGAGGUGUCUCUUAUACUUUUGGGCCAGACAAGGUGUCUGAAUUUCUUCAGAAGCAUGACUUGGAUCUCAUCUGCCGAGCCCACCAGGUGGUGGAAGAUGGCUAUGAAUUUUUUGCAAAGCGCCAGUUGGUGACGAUAUUCUCUGCUCCAAACUAUUGUGGUGAAUUUGAUAAUGCUGGUGCUAUGAUGAGUGUAGAUGACACUCUCACAUGUUCGUUUCAGAUUCUUAAACCAGCUGACAAGAAGAAAGGAUUUGGAAAUAAUUUUUUGAAACCAGGAGUUCCUGCAAGAAAGGGAGGGAAAGAUUGACAGACAAUGAUAUGGGGAGGGUUGUACAUUUAGGACUUGAAAGAAGCAUCAAGGGAAGAAAUGAUCUGAACUGAUGCUACAUCACGAGUCAGGAAUUAGUACCACGUUGAAGUUUUUACUGUUGUAGCUGAGCUCAGGCAGUAUUUGUAAAGUAUUACCAGCUCAUCUGAUAUUGUGAAUUCUGCAAGUUUUUAUGACUCACCUUAUAUGAUUGGGGCACUUUAGGUGUAGAAAGAAAUAUGUUUUAUAUGAAGCCCCAAAUGUUUCUUCUCAUGCACAGAGCAAAAAAUUUGUUUUCAUCAA